AUGCUCACCCGCACGCUCCGCCUACCAAUUCCGCGCGCGCCGCUACCACCGCCUCUCGGGGCUGACCGCUUUGCGCCUGCGCGAGCCGAGGCACGAAGCGCGGAGGGAUCGGACGGUGGGAGAAAGAAAGGCGGCCGAGAUGGUGGGAGUGGAGAAAUUGCGGCGCCGUCUCUGUCCAAUCAGCGGACAACACGUGCGAAUGGGGGAGAGAACGGCGGAGGGCGGAAGAGCCGGAGUGGCAGAAGGGAGAGCGGAAAGUCGGCGGCGGAGGAAGCGGAGAGCGCUGCUGGCAGCAGCGGGGCCGUGACGGACUCAAUGCGGCGCAACGCGCUGGCGACGGCGGACGCGCUGCGCAGCAAGAGCCGGCGCGCCAAGAGAUGGCUCGGACAGGUGCGGCGGGGGGAGCAGGGGAGGCGUGGGGGGGAGCAGGCGAGGUGGGAAGCGGGGGAAAGGGCGUGCAUGGCGGGAGAGGCAGUGCAUGGCGGGUUACAAGCGGUGAUGGCAUGGCAUGUGCGGGGAGAGUGUGAGCAGUGUGGUGGGGCCUGGCGGAGGCAGUGUGGUGGGGCCUGGCGGAGGCACGCUCGCCCUGUGUGGCACAGCGUGCACUAUCUGCUGCGGGACGACAUCAGCGCGGCCACGGUGGCGGCAGCGGGAGUGGUGGCGGGCGACGUGGUGGUGGAGGUGGGGCCGGGCACGGGCGCUCUCACCGCCGCACUCGUGGCUGCCGGGGCGCAUGUGAUUGCUGUGGAGAAGGUGCGAGGGGAGGAGAAGGUGCGAGGGGAGGAGAAGGGGAGUGAGAGGCGGGGAGGCGGGGAGGCGGGGAGAAGGGUGGUCAUUCCACUCCUUCGUCUCUCUGCUGCUCGUCCCCACAUCUCCCCCCACCGCCGAUUCUCUCUCCCUCCUCAACUGCUUGUGUUCUCCCUGCCAUCAUUCAUCUCCCUGCCAUCGUUCAUCUCCCUUCCAUCGUUCAUCUCCCUGCCAUCGUUCAUCUCCCUGCCAUCAUUCAUCUCCCUGCCAUCAUUCAUCUCCCUGCCAUCAUUCAUCUCCCUGCCAUCAUUCAUCUCCCUGCCAUCAUUCAUCUCCCUGCCAUCAUUCAUCUCCCUGCCAUCAUUCAUCUCCCUGCCAUCAUUCAUCUCCCUCCCAUCGUUCAUCUCCCUGCCAUCAUUCAUCUCCCUGCCAUCAUUCAUCUCCCUGCCAUCAUUCAUCUCCCUGCCAUCAUUCAUCUCCCUGCCAUCAUUCAUCUCCCUGCCAUCAUUCAUCUCCCUCCCAUCGUUCAUCUCCCUCCCAUCGCUGCCAUGUUUUCAUUUGCCCUGUCAAGUCGCUUCGCUUGCCCCAUGUGUCUCUGACAUUCCUCAUGCCCAUCACAUCCACCCACCGCACUGCACCGCUCAGGACCCUGACAUGGUGCAGCUGGUGCGGGAGCGCUUCGCCCAGUGCCCACAAGUCGAGCGUGGGGUGGCUGGCGGUAUUGUGUGCCGUGGGGUGACCUGGCCGUGUGAUGCUGCUCUGCACCUUGCUACCCACCAAUGGCUGGGCUGGUUGCUUGCCGGCCAGAGCUGGAGUGCAUGUGUCACGAGGGGGGGAGCUGGGGAGGUGCACUCACCCACCCACCUCAGGCUCACGCCUCCUGACCGGCAGCAGGUGCCCGGCAGCUAUGGGCCAUGGGUCAGCCGCUGGUUGCAGCGAUGGGCCAUGGGUCAGCCGCUGGUUGCAGCGAUGGGCCAUGGGUCAGCCGCUGGUUGCAGCGAUGGGCCAUGGAUAUCAUGUGUUGUGUUGGGCUGUGUUGGCCUCGCAUGUGUCGUGCCCAGCUGCUUUAUGUGCCUCCCCUUGCCAUCGCUCAUCCCUUUGGCCUGCACUGCUUGCCCUGUGCUCGUCCCUCUCCUUGCCCACCCUCGUCCUCUCCUCUUGUCUGCAUGCCCUGUGCCACGCCCACCACGCCAGGUGGUGCACGCGGACAUCCUCAAGUGGCCCGUGCACGCCUUCCUGCCUGCUCGCCUGCACCGCCUCACAGGCACGGCAGGGGGUGACGCACAGACGCUGGGAGGGGCGGAGGGAAGGGCAGCACAAGGCCAAGGGGCGUUGGCGAGUGGCGGGGCAGAAGCACGCACGAGUGGGAUGGAGGGUGUGGUGGGCGAACCGCCGGUGCCUCUUGCUGCUGCAUGCCCUGCUGCGGCUCCCACAGCUGACGCUGCGGCGAGCAGAGGCAGCGAGGGGAGUGGAGGCAGCAGUGCCGUGCGCGCCAAGGUGGUGACGAACCUGCCCUUCAACAUCACCACGGACUUCCUGCGCCUCUUCCUGCCCCUUGGCCACCUCGUCUCCACCGUCGUCUGCAUGCUGCAGGAUGACGCGGCACAGCGGCUGGUGGAUGCCACACCGGCAGCGUCGCAGUACCGACCGAUGAGUGUGUUGGUGCAGUACUAUGCGGAUCCCACCUAUCAGUUCUUCGUCAGCCGUCGCAGCUUCCUACCCCCACCCAAUGUUGAUGCAGCAGUCGUGUCAUUCGCCCUCAAGCCACCAAUGGAACGAGUCCAUGUGGCAUCGCCCACCCAGUUCUUCCACAUGGUGAACAGGGCGUUCCAGGCGAAGCGCAAGAUGCUGCGGGCGUCGCUGCAGCCGUCCUACUCGUCACAGCAGGUGUCCGCUGCUCUGGAGGCGCUCUCGCUGCCCGCCACUGUGAGCCACGUGGUGCCGUUAGAGGGGCUCAGGGGGGAGGUGCAGUGCACACGGGGAGGUGCAGUGCACACGGGGAGGUGCAGUGGGUGGUGUGCUGACAGGGAUGCAGCAGGUAAGCUUUGGUAG